GUUAACCACAGUGCCUGGCCCGGCCCCCAGGGACCCUCUGGCUGUAAGAUUGGCCAGCAGGGAGGCUCUCUGGGCUGGGGAGGGACACAACCGGACAGCCUCUCUACGUCUCUGUCUGAACAGCGGCACCACUUCCUGAAUGAUACUACUAUCAAGACUCACCACCUGAACACUGAAGCAACCAACGGACCAAUUCACACUACUGACGCCGUCGACACCUCUAGUUUACCAAACUCUACACGCGGCUCGGCGCUGCGUUCCUGGGGAGCGGGAUCAGAGCUUGGAGAUCAGCUCUCCAACAGGACCCUGUCUGGCGCCCAGCACCCCCACAGCGAGGGCCUGGCAGGGGGCUUCUGUAAGCCUUGGGGGGCCUCGGGCGACACUGUGAACGGCCAGGGACAGGGCCAGCCCUCCUCCUCCUCCGCUGCUGUUUACAACAGUAAAAAUAACAGCAAGGACUCUGUAGGGAGGUGGGACUCUGGUCCCGCUGCUUCCUCCUCUCCUCGUAACCUGUCCUUGGGGACUGGAGGAGCGGCGAGCAAUGGGACCGGAGUGGGUCCUGCCGGGAUCCCACGACCAUGGGGAAACGCCUCCUCUUCCUCGUCCUCUUCUUCGUCUGGCUCCUCCUCCAACAGGCAACCCCCCGGUGGGGAGUGGAGCUCGUUGCCCGGCAACAAAUCUCAGGAUUCCGGCGACGGACGGAAGUCGGGAGGAGGAGCCAAUGGCUGGAAGAGUCUUGAAGAUGACGCACUCAGGAUGGGAGGAGGAGGAGGAGUGCAGGGACAUGCGAGCGGGUGCCGGGGGACGUCUGGAGGAAGUGAGGGGAGCGGGGAGAGCUCUGGAGGCCGUAGCUUAGACAGGGACGACCCCCGUCCAAGAGGCCCCCUCCCUGGGUCAACUCAUCAAGUCCUCUCCUGUACAGACGUGGACCCACGUGUCCUCUGUAACACCGGCUGGGGCCAGACCCCAGUACGCCAGAACACGGCCUGGGACGUCACCUCUCCCGCCCCUAGACCCGAUGACAGGAAGUCCAGUCACGGAGGCCCUGGCUAUGGCUCGAAAAGCCACACAGCCCGUUCUCAGACCUCCAGCUCUGGAGGAUGGCGGGGAGACGGGCCGGGUAAUACAGGCCCAGAGUCAGGAGGGUCUGGCUGGGUAGAGCAGAAGACCUUGUCUGGUUGUGGAGACAGAGACAACAAAGGUCCUGGAGGAGAACGAGGAUGGGAACACAGCAACUCUUCCUCUACCUGGGGGAACAGCCAGAAGGAAGACCUCUCCAACACCUGGACCAACCCUCCUAAACCACAAAAGCAGGGCUGGGGCGCCACUAGUGGUGGUGGGGGCGGAGACCGCUCCAGAGGAGGAGGGAGCAGCAGCUACUGGGGCCAGCCCCAGAGGACUAGCGGGUCUGGAGGAUGGGGUGAGCCCGGUCACCCGGGCAACAACAACACACACCCCGACGACAGCAGCAGCACCUGGGGUGUCAGCGGAGCGUCCAACACCCCCGACCAUCCCAGCAACCCUCACUCUGGCUGGGGAGAGCCCCCUCCUGCGUCCGUCCCCGGACCCAAACCCCAGAACCACCAGACUCAGGGGGGGUGGGGCGAGCCGGCCACGAAGCCCGGCCACCCCUCUCAGAGCUGGGGGGAACCGGCGCCACCCUCCGAGUGGGGUAAAAGUCCAGACUCUAACUCCAAUCCUGGCCCGGACCCUAGAGCACAUCCACCAGGCGGUCCCCAGCCCUCAGGCCCCGGAGUUUCCAAACCCAGUAGCUGGACUGGGGCGGCGGUCCCUGCUGGACCCUCCCACAAGGAGGAGGAGUCGUCUACCGGGUGGGAGGAGCCUAGUCCAGAGUCGGUGAGGAGGAGGAUGGAGAUCGAUGACGGGACCUCGGCGUGGGGAGACCCCAACAAAUACAACUGUAGCGGGGUUAACAUGUGGAACAAGACCAGCCAAUCAGAGCAGGAUGCCAUGACCAAACCCCAGCAGCAGCCCCCACCACCCCUGAACAACAUGGCCGACAAGGACAAGACCUGCAGCCCUGGCUGGGGUGAACAGUACGGAGGUCCCCAGAAGAUGGAGUCAGGAACGUGGUGUGAGCCGUCAGGCUCCCCUGUCUCUGUGGACAACGGGACAUCGGCCUGGGGGAAACCCAUGGACACCAGCUCCACCUGGGAGGAGCUGGGACACCGAGGGGACAGAGACAGAGGGGACACCUCUGGGACAGGAGGCUGGGAAGGACCUGGACCACAGAACCACCACAAACCUGGUCCCAAGCCCAUGCAGCAGCAGCAGGAGAGUGGUACCUGGUGUGGGGAGGAGGUGUCGUGCCAGUCCAGUUGGGAACCGGAGGAGGAGGUGGAGAUCGGGAUGUGGAGUAACGCCCCAAGUCACCGAGACCGGGAGAGAGACGGUCACAGAGAGAACUACCGAGACCGGGAGAGAGACGGUCACAGAGACGGCCACGGUCAGGACAACCGGACCAACGGGCCACAGCAACACAGCUGGAAUUACAUGAAGAAAAUCCCUCCUAAGAUGAACAAACCAGUUAACAAGCAGGAGGAUGUCUGGAUGAACCAGUUCGUCAAACAGUUCAACAACAUGAACUACCCCGUGAGUACGCAGCCUUGA